AUGGUGAAGGCUACAAUACUUAGUAUUCUCGCGCUAUCCGCUGCCUGUGUAUCGGCCGAUACGCCGUACACUGGCGGUGAUACGUCUGGCUGUGGCAAGAGUCACUUAUUCACCGGGAUUCCUCAAACCCGCGAUGUUCAAUCGGGCAGCGAUAACCGUAGCUAUUGGAUCCAUGUACCCUCAAGCUACGAUGAGAAUAAUCAGUAUCCAACUAUCCUAGGCUUUCAUGGCUCCAGCAGCGUUGGCCUCUUCUUCGAGGCAGACACCGGUUUCGAUUCUGAGCAAUUUACAAGCGACAAGAUCAUGGUGUAUCCAAAUGGGCUAGGCGAUGCUUGGGCUGGAGCCAACUAUUCUGAAGCAACAGUCGAACAAGACCUGCAAUUUGUUUGGGACAUGCUGGCCGACUUGAGACAGAAUUUCUGUAUUGACAGUGCUCGAAUCUAUGCUACUGGCUUGUCCAUCGGCGGAGGCUUCGUAGACACUAUUGCCUGCAAUGCUACUGUCGGUGGCGAGUUUGCUGCUUUUGCGCCUGGGUCUGGCUCCUUCUACACCAAUAACGACGCAAAUUAUCUCGACUGUCAGCCGGCCCGCGUGCCUGUGCCAAUCCUCGAGAUCCACGGAGGCGCGGACACUGAUGUAAAAUAUGAUGGUGGUGAGGGCGAAGGUGGCAUCGAGCCAUCCAUUCCCAACUGGCUUAGCCGGUGGGCUGAGAGGAACCAAUGUGAUGCGCAAUAUCAGCAAGAGGAUUUGUUUGACAACGAUGUGCAUCACCUCACCUGGACUUGCAAUGGCCAAGACGCUGUUAUGGAGCAUUACAAGACCGAUGACCAGAAGCAUGACUGGGCCUCGCCUGAUAUCAACUUUUCUCAAAUAGCUGCUGGCGACUUGCCAACCCACAUCUCGGCUACAACUCUUGUCACGAACUUUUUCAUGAGAUUUACCCGCCCUGCAGCUUAG